AGGCAUUGCAGACAGCGCGUUUGGGAGGUGUAGUGGAAGAAAGGCAAGAGAAACGGAGUAAAUGAGAGCACUUUGUCCAGAUUGUUGAAGGACUUAUCAACUCUAAAUACCGCCGAAACAGCUCACUAGAAUGAGACGGACACACUGUUGAAUUCCUGUCCAGGUAAACGUCCGCGUUUCCUUCGCAUGGUUAACUACAAGAGGUCGACAGCUAGACAGGGUAACCACCACUGAGAAGGCGGCUACAAACCCCAGGACCCCAUCUCCAGGCUCCUGCACAGGGUUGAGGGAAGGAAACUUGGGAUAUAAAGUUGUGUCUCUCCCUGUGGAAAACCUGGAUCCUCCAUCCUGCCCACCAACAUGACCAAUGUGGUGAUCGUCAAGGAGGGAUGGCUGCAUAAAAGAGGAGAAUACAUCAAGACCUGGAGGCCGAGGUAUUUUCUCCUGAAGAGUGAUGGUACUUUCAUUGGCUACAAAGAGAGACCACAAGAUGUUGACCAGCUGGAAACCCCCUUAAAUAACUUCUCUGUAGCACAGUGCCAGCUGAUGAAGACGGAACGGCCCAAGCCCAACACAUUUAUCAUCCGCUGCCUGCAGUGGACCACUGUCAUCGAGCGCACCUUCCACGUGGAGACCCCCGAGGAGAGGGAAGAAUGGACCAAAGCCAUCCAGGCAGUGGCUGAAGGCCUACAGAAACAAGAGGAGGAGAUGAUGGACUCCUCUCCAGACCCCAUGGACAUGGAGGUCUACCUGACCAAACCCAGACUCAAAGUGACUAUGCACGACUUUGAAUACCUCAAACUCCUGGGAAAAGGCACUUUUGGCAAAGUUAUUCUGGUAAAGGAGAAGGCCACAGGACGCUACUACGCCAUGAAGAUCCUAAAGAAGGAGGUGAUCGUAGCAAAAGAUGAAGUGGCGCACACACUCACGGAGAACAGAGUCCUCCAGAAUUCAAAGCAUCCGUUCUUGACAGGACUGAAAUACUCCUUCCAGACACAUGACCGCCUGUGCUUUGUCAUGGAGUAUGCAAACGGUGGUGAGCUUUUCUUCCAUCUUUCAAGAGACCGUGUAUUCUCAGAGGAGCGGGCACGGUUCUAUGGUGCAGAAAUAGUGUCAGCACUGGACUACCUGCAUGCUGAAAGAAACGUGGUUUAUCGAGAUCUAAAGCUGGAAAACCUCAUGCUGGACAAAGACGGACACAUAAAGAUCACAGAUUUUGGCCUGUGCAAGGAGGGGAUCAAAGAUGGCGCCACUAUGAAGACUUUCUGUGGGACGCCAGAGUACCUUGCACCUGAGGUACUAGAAGACAAUGACUACGGCCGUGCUGUGGACUGGUGGGGUCUGGGGGUGGUGAUGUACGAGAUGAUGUGCGGCAGACUGCCGUUCUACAACCAGGACCACGAGAAGCUGUUUGAGCUCAUCCUCAUGGAAGACAUCCGCUUCCCUCGAACACUCGGCCCUGAGGCACGCUCGCUGCUCUCUGGCCUUCUGAAGAAAGACCCGAUGCAGAGGUUAGGUGGAGGACCUGAUGAUGCCAAGGAAAUCAUGCAACACAAAUUCUUUGCUGGGAUCGAAUGGCAAGAUGUUUAUGAGAAGAAGCUGGUCCCGCCGUUUAAGCCCCAAGUUACCUCGGAGACGGACACACGAUAUUUUGACGAGGAGUUCACAGCACAAACCAUCACUAUUACGCCACCCGGACAAGAUGACAGUAUGGAGUCGUUUGACAGCGAGCGGAGACCCCACUUCCCCCAGUUCUCCUACUCUGCCAGUGGAACGGCCUAAGCGACUCUCAAGCAUUCCUCUGGUCCCACCAUCUCCCCUCACCCCCCACCCGACUGCACUCUCACGACCAGGGCCACAGCCCUGCGUCCUCCCAGCAUUGUCCGCAGAAGCUGUCGUUGGAUGUAACAGUCACGAUCCGCACGUUGUGUUUUACAGGAAGGAGGAAAUACAAGACAAAACAAAGAUAACUGUGGUUGUUGUUGUGUGGCCUUUGAAGACUGACCACGGAGAUAACACUACCCUGCAUUUCCUGGUUGUUAUGUUGUAUACUGAGCAGGCAUCCAUACACCAUAAUGAAUGGGGAAAUGUAGCUAUGCACAAAUUAGGCUAUUGCUAUAAAUCGAUGAAGUUUGAAAAGGGCCUUUUACAUUGAACAUAUGUAGUGAAAGUACAAAUCAAGCAUUUCAAAUAGAAAAUAGGCAUGCUGUGGACCAAAAACAUCAUGUGAGCAGAGAGUGUGUUGUUGUUUGUUGAAUGGGUGAUAAAUCCAUGUUUUUCCAAGUCCAUUCAAACAUUUUUGGCUUCUAAGUGAAUGUACCGUAUCAAAUAAAGUCAAUCUUCCUGCAUA